CAACGUCGACCAAUCAAUUCGUUUGAGGGUAAGCGGUAACAUUUGAGUGUUCGCUGGAAAGGGCGAUUAUAGAGAUGAUGGACGCCUUGUCAGUAGUCACGCAGCUGCGGGACUUGGCAUCAGAACCACAAAAUCGGGAGGCGAUUGUUCAGGACCAGGGCUGCCUUCCUGGACUAGUGCUGUUCCUGGACCACCAAGACCCUCAAGUGCUUUUUGCCACCCUUCAGACGCUGAGGUACCUGGCCGAAUCACCCCGAAACAUCAACACUAUGAAAAAUGAGCUUGGCAUGAUGGUGAGCCUGGAGACACUGAUGGAGAGGACUUGUCUACCAACUGAAAUCACAGACAUCGCAAAAGAGGUGCAUGACGUGUUGACUGCUAGACCACAGAGACCGGCUUUUCAGACUCCGAAUCAACCGACGAAGACAAACAAACCACAGUUUUUCAUCAACAGCUCCAACAAGAAAGCAAAAUCGGUUACACUGCAUAUACAAGGCUUAGAUGGUGUGGAUCAGAGAGGUAUGUGUGAAGAGGCACUUUUAAAAGUAAAAGGUGUCAUCAGCUUCACGUUCCAGAUGGCUUUGAAGAGAUGCACCGUACGCAUCCGUGCUGAUCUGUCCACUGAGAGUCUGGCCACUGCCAUUGCUUCCACAAAGGUGCUUUCAGCUCAGCAGGUGGUGAAAAAUGAAAGCGGUGAAGAGGUUCUCAUCCCACUUAGCACUUCUGACACAAAGGUAGAAGAAAAUCACCACCUGCCUGAUUACCUGCCAGAGGAGGAGAGUCCGGAGAAAGAUUUGGACCGCGCCAUAUCUCGUACUGGCGCUAAACAGGACCCUGGUGGAAGCUGGCUCAACACAGCAGCUAGUUUCCUUACUAAAACCUUCUACUGGUAAUGUCUGUUUUUGUAAUAAUAACAGUUUGGACCUCAACUGUUUAAAGAAAGAACAUCUUGAGAACUUAUCAGAACUUGAAGCACAGAGGAAUUACUAUACGGUUCAUGUGAACAUGCUACCUUUUACCAAAAGCAUGCUUCCACAUGCAAGCUGUAUACAACUGUGUAUUAAAAGCUGUUCAUUGUUGUACAUUUUUAUUUGUUAACCAAAAUUGAUCUUUCACUUCUUCCCUCUCAGUGAUUUGUCUGUUUCUGUGUUGUCUGUAUUUCCUUUCCACUUCUGUAAAUAUUUUGAUGUUUUAAGUGGAAAAUAUUGAAAACAAAAGAAAACACAUUUGAUGCUAUGAUCUGUGGGA